CGCGGCUUCCUUCGCCCCUCUGACUGGGUUGAGCGAUCCCUUUCUCCCACCACCUCUUGCACAAUCUAAUCAGAAGUGGCUUCUGCGAUUGAGCAUCAUGGCUCUGCUUCCUCACACCUGCAAAUGGUUAUAAUCUCCCUCUAUCUCUUCGCCUUCUUCAUGGAGGUUGGUUCUCAGCCGAUUUCCCCUCAGAAGUUGAUGGCCCGUCACCCGGACACGAAGAAUCCGUCCCCGGACUCCCAGGGCCACAGUCUCAGUGACAUAGCGGUACUUCCGAUGGAACCAAAAUCACUGCGCCGAAGAUCAAAUGGUGAAGGUACGGUUCCCAGCGCGUCUGAUGUACAAGGCCAAGUCUCGUCACUCUCAAGGCAUACUGGCUCGGGCGUGGCCGGUCCGGAGAGAGGCAUCACUACUCCGCCCAACUGGGCACCACCCGGACAAUCCCAGGUAGCUACUCCGGGAAUGAAUCACAAAAGGUCACCUAAAGAAGGUAUUUCAAUGAGGGCGAUUCGUCAACACAUGUCACCCGGACAGGCAGUCCGACCUGGACAAGUCCGCACCCCAUCUAUUUGCUGGUUUGACCCUGGCCUCGGAUGUUGGUAGUAGCUGGGCUAGGAUAGAAUAAAUCAUCCUUCCCCUUCCUCUUUCCUUAUUGUCUAGCAUGAUACUCAGCUUGAGUUACAUAAACCAAAUUUUUUGAAAUUGGUGGUAGGAGCUGAGGUAGGAUAGAUGAAAUCGUUCUUCUCCCUUUCUCUUUGCUUGUCGUUUUUUGUCAUAAUCAACUUCGGUUAAAUCAACGUUUGUUGAAAAACUUUUGCAAAGAAUCAAAAAGCAAAGAAAUCCAC